CAUGACGAAGCCAAGUGAAAAAAAAAAUCUCAAAGCUUUUGUCAAAAAAAAAAAAAAUGAAGCAACCAUGUCCCGGAGAUUCAUCACCACCACCGCAAAACUGCCUUCACGGUUGUUUCUCCUCGCACUUACUCUCCUCCUCCGACGAUCCUCCGCCGCAAAACACCGCCGUCUCCGGCCUCACCUCCGCCACCCUCCGCCGUGACUUCGCCAGAACCACAGUCUCCACCGUCUUCGCCGACGCCAUCUUCACAGACCCAAACUCACUCCCUUCUCUUCAAGAAUCAUUCUCCAACUUCAUCCAGGCCUUCUCAAAGUACUCCCAAACCUACAAAAUCGACAGAAUCCGAACCGACCAGUAUUUCCACCUCGCUCUGUCGAAUCACACUUGUCUUGAUUACAUCGGAAUUGGGUUGUACUCUUACUCUCAGUUACUCAACUACGACCCUGCAAGUUACCAGAUCCCAUCUUCUUUGUCUGAAAGCCCCUUUUUCAGUGUUUCCCCGACGGUUGGGAACUUGAAGGAGCGGCUUCUCCAUGACGGCGGUCAAGAAACUGAGUUCGAGUGCGCGAUGAAGAAGAGGAUAAUGGGUUUUCUGAAAAUCUCCGAAGAUGAUUACUCGAUGGUUUUUACAGUGAAUCGGACUUCGGCUUUCAGGCUUGUCGCUGAAUCUUACCCUUUCCAAUCAAACCGGAGGGUUUUGUCUGUUUAUGACUACGAGAGUGAAGCUGUUGAUGAGAUGAACAGAGUGUCUGAGAAACGUGGGGCAAAAGUUUCAGCUGCAGAAUUCUCAUGGCCGAGGCUUAGGAUCUGUUCUUCGAAGCUGAGGAAGAUGGUCACUUCUGGGAAAAAGGGUAGCAAGAAGAAGGGGAUUUUCGUUUUCCCGCUCCAUUCUAGGGUUACUGGAUCUCGGUAUCCGUAUCUAUGGUUGAGUGUCGCGCAAGAAAACGGAUGGCAUGUGAUGAUCGACGCAUGUGCUCUCGGCCCUAAGGAUAUGGAUAGCUUCGGCCUUUCGAUUUAUCACCCCGAUUUCAUGGUGUGCUCGUUUUACAAGGUGUUUGGCGAAAACCCUUCCGGUUUCGGUUGCUUGUUCGUUAAGAAAUCCACCGUUCAAGUUCUAGAAUCUUCAACAUCCUCAGGUAUGAUAAACCUGGUAGCCAUGAACAAUCCAUUUUCCUUACCCACUUCAGAGAUGAACCGGGUUUUGCCAGAAUCAGAUGAAACAGAUAGCUGGAGAUCGUUUGAAUCGAUCGAAUGCAGAUGCUUGGAUCAUAUCGACUCGCUCGGGCUGGUAAUGACGAGCAACAGAUCGAGAUGCUUGAUCAAUUGGUUGGCAAGUGCACUGUUGAAACUUAAGCAUCCUAAAACCGUGGGAGGAGAUUCAAGCUCAAACUCGGAAAAACGUUUGGUUAAAAUCUACGGUCCGAAAGUAAAUUUCAACAGAGGACCCGCUUUAGCAUUCGAUCUGUUCGAUCAAAAGGGGGGUAGAAUCGAACCACUGAUCGUUCAGAAGCUCGCGGAGCACAGUAGCAUUUCUCUAGGGCUAGGGUUCUUGAGAAACAUCUGGUUUGGGGAAGAAUACGAGGACGUGAAAGAGAGUGUUCUUGAGAAGAGAAGGAACAAAACCGAUCCAGGGGUUUCUGUCGUCACCAUAGCGUUAGGGUUUCUUGCGAAUUUCGAAGAUGUUUACAGGUUUUGGAGCUUUGUCGGUCGGUUUCUAGAUUCCGAGUUUGUCGAGAAGGAGAGAUGCAGAUACGGUGUUCUUGAACAUAAGAGCCGUGAAGUGUUGUAGAGAGUUCUGUUAUGUUCCGUCUUCACUUAAAAAAAAAAAAAAAACUUUCUCCUCGGCUUAA